GGAAAAGAUAUCAGAAUGAAUUUUUAUUUUGUCUUUUUUCCAAAGAGAUCACUCUGUAAGAGUCUUUAGUUGUAAUUUCAGCAAUUACAGAAAGAAGAAGAAAUUUGUCUUCAACUAGAGGUCUCCAUAGUCUGCUAUCAAACCUUAACCAAAGAAGAAAAGUAAGAGAAAGUAAAAAACAUUGAAUAUUUUUAUUUAAAUUUUAUGUUGAUAAAAAAAUGUUUUCUCCCAUUAAAUUAUCUUCGCCUAAAUCAUUCCAAGGAAGAAAUUUAACAGGAACAGUACGUCUUAUACGUGAUUUAGCUGCAGACAUUCAUGCAAAUAUACAGCAAUGGAACAACCUUCAUAUUCAAGGAAUUACUUAUUUAAAAAACAUAACACAAGAAAAACAUGAUAAAAAUUAUUCUAAAAUUUUACAAGAUUUGUGUGAUAAGUUAGAAAAUAUUUGUGAUAAUCUGGAUGGCAUAGUUAGAAACUUAGAUCAAAUUAAGAAUCAACUAAAAACCGUAUCAACCUUAGAGAAAACUACAGAUAAAUUAUUUAUAACAUGGCCGACAACAAAGUUUGGUGAGGUAGCAGAAACUAUACAUGAAGCAUAUCAUAUGGAAGUUAAAUUGAAACGCAAAUUACUCGAAAAUGUUGCUCAUAAUUAUACAGAAUCUUGGAAGAUGCUUCAUCUUGCAGCUUGGGUGUACGAGCCUUUUAUAACUGAAAAUUUAAUGAUUUUAUUAGAUUCAUUGCUUAUUGAAACUGGUCACAGAUGAGAAA